CGCAACUUGCCUUACGCAUUCAGUUGUCGGCGAUCUGAAGUUUCAUUUUUAUUUAAAUUUCGUGGUAGCGUUAAUCGUUUUGACGUUUCGUUUUUAUUAUAGUAAUUCUGAAAUGGAAAGGGAGCUAACGGAAUCGAGGAAAGAAAUCUUGAAAAAGAAACGGAGAGAAAGGGAGGGUUUUAAGCAUGGGAUGGUGAUUGGUAAAAAAUUGAAGCCAGCGUUAGGAUUACAAGAAAAACAUUUGAUGGAAAACACUUCUUUGCACAAAGAAAGCAGCAAGUCUGGUGAUUUUAUAGACGAUAGGGACAUUAUCUUCCCCGUUACAGUUCCUGAUAUAUGCCAUCUUACAGACUUCGAUGAAUCUCUCCUUCACAAUACCAUUGCUGAUGUGCAGCAAGAAAUCUUCUGCACAAUGGACAAGAUGAAGAAAAACAACAAGGAAAAAUUGGAAGUGAAGAAAAGUGAAAGUCAAUGGCUACGUAAUGUCAAAAUGGUUGAGCAAGCUUGGCACACUAAGCGUGGCCUUAUCCAUAAUCAUGUCCUCAGCUCAUUGUCAUUUUGUGGGGGUUAUUGCUCAGACUGUGAGAAAUUUGAAGAGAAAGUUAUCCGGUGUGAAAGCUGCAGAAGAAACUUGUGCAGCAGUUGUGAUUUGAUCACUCACCGUAGAAUGGUGUUCCACACUCGUGUUAUUUCUGAUGGAAUCAGUAGAAGUUUCUUGUUACCUCAUCAAUUUCUCAAUGACAAUAGAGAAAUCAUGGAAAAAAAUGUUCCAGUUCCGUGUUUUCUUCCUGAGAUCUGCCUCAAUUGUGGAGCUUUCAAUACUCUAGUGAACAAAAUUGGAUGUAAAAAUGUUGCCGUAAUAACCACAGAAGGACGAUUUGAUCUCACAUCGGCUGCCUUCGGAUGUAAAGGUUGUACCCUUAUCUUUGAGGCGAGAGCAGAAGAUUAUAUCGCAUCUGGGUUUUGGCCUGCAUCGCCAGAAGACGACAGCUACUAUUUAUUCUGCCGAGAUUUCCUUCGACAAUGGUUUCAUCUACAACACAAAUCACCCAGUAUUUCCAGGGCAGCCUACAUAGGAGCUGCCUUAGAGGCUUCAGACGAGCAUUGUCGGGUAUCGAUCAUUAACGAAACCCACUUCGUUUUGGCGUCCGCCGAGUAUGAGUAUCACCGCUUCCGGACCGAAACGGAUAUCCAGCGAGUGGAUUACAUGGCCUGUAAGGCAUGUGGAGACCUACCACUCGCCUCCCACUGCGAUGGUAACAUGAAAUGUUACCGCUAUGCUACUGCAGGAGACCAUGGUGGGAAGCCCCUAUUCGAAGGAGUCGCAUUUGCCACAGAUGAGGAGGUGGCAGCAUUCACAGCUGAAAUAAAUCAGCAUAUCCCACAGUUAAAAGGAAAUGGCAUGUGCGGGGUGUCUACUUUUCAAGCUGCCAAAUUGGAUUCCGCUUGCCAUUACAAUGGGCUGGACGAAACGGGGAUGAUCAGCACAGUUUGUCGCCAUGGUAGUACCAUCAAGGUAGCUAACAUGUACAAGGGAGAGACCUACCGGCUGGUAGCUUUCUUGCAUAUGGUUGUCCUCCAAAUGGGAUGCUACUUCUUCUGCUACGACGUAGUUUGUAAGUAUUGGCCCUUUGCGCAAAAGCUCAGUAAGCUUGCAAAAGAAGGUGUCUUCUCUUCAAAGUUAAAUUGUGUCCUGAGAAACCUAACGAAAAAGAUGAGGCCAUUUCUAUCAACGUUUCACGGAAAAGCUCAUCAGUGGGCCUGCCAGGUGUUAUGGUCUGGCCACUUAAGAGAUCAUGCUGCUGCUACGUUAGGCGAAGAACAGGAGCAAACUUUUGCAAAAAUGUCACGUUACUGUUCAUCCACAAAACGGAUGUCAAAAGCUCAUCGAAUCGACCAUCUUACAAAGGCAAUUUUAUAUGAGAAUGCCCGCAAAGAAAACAACAUGGUAGUUACGCUUAUUAAACGUUUAAAGACGGCAACCCAAAAAAUACCUAACCUUGAGAGGCAACUUCAGGAUAUACUAACUGCUCGAGAUCUUAAAGAAGAUGACUUACCUGAGAUUAAAAAAGUCCUUGAGGGACAUGCCAAAACUGCUCUUGCAAAUAAAGGACAGAAAAGUAACUGGCCUGUUGAAAAUUUACAGCGUGAGCUGGAAGGCAUAAGUGCGACCAUGAACAACAUAAAAAAACGAGAGAUGCGAUUUGCAGAUGGAUGCAAAAAAAGAAACCCGUUAAGGAAAAAGCUUGCGUCACUAAAAGUCAGAUCAGCUGAGCUGCUGACAAUACUAAAUGAAAAGAAUAAUCUUAAUUUAACAGAACAAUGUGUUCUAGAUGGUAUUUUUCCAUGGGAGACACCUCAAUAUACCUGUGUAUCUGAAGAUUUGAAACUUGUUAACACUUGGAUGUUAAUCAAGCGAUGCAAAGAAGAAGUGUCUCAAACCAAACAUGAAAUGUGCACCUUCAUUCAAAUAAUUUUGAAGACCAAAUCUGCACUUGAACAUGAUAUAGGCCAGCUUAGGCAGGAAGGAACCAAACAAUCCAUGGGAAAGAUCAUUUUAAAGAAUGCUAAACUUGAAAAGUUAACGUUUAUUCUGACAGAAGCAUCGUUUGGUUUUGAUGUUCACAUACAAAGUGGUGAAUUAGAAGACUUCAUUGAUUUAACCAACUAUGAAGAUGGAUACCAGUUAGAUGAGGAAUCUGAAGGUGACGUUUCGGAAUACGACGAGAAUGAAAACGAACAAGUGGACUAUGAUGAAUUCCUAUAAAACUGUAUUCUUGUAAAACAAACAUCUCUCAAUACAAGAGUUCGCACUGUU